AUGUGGUAUUUUUCUCCUACCGGAUCAACAAGCGGGGGUGCGUAUGAGCGAGCGAAGCUGUUAGGGGAUUGGAAGGGAACGCAGAUCAAGGAAGGCGAUCUCGAGGAAGAAGAGACCGAUACUCAGCGAAAGCAGGAACGAGCAUACAAGGAGAGGAAUAAGGCUAAAUUGAGGAAGGGUAACGUUCCGUAA